AUGCCAGUAAGACCUGAACUUCAGCAGCUGGAAAAAUUCAUAGAUGAUGCUUUAAGAAAAAAUGACUUCAAACCUUUAGAACAGUUUCUGCAGAUGGAAAAUUAUGAAGAUAUCACACUUAAAUGCAGCAAACAGUUUCUCAGCAAGUUGGACAACCUUAUGUGCAAGGAACUUAACAAAAAAGAUAUCCAGAAUACUUCAACUAUUUUAAAUUCUCUUGGAAAAUAUGGCAAAAAUAUCAGCAUAUUUGGGGAAACUGGACUUCUAGUAAUGAUAAAACAAGGGCUAGUCAAAAAGAUGGUAGCCUGGUUUGAAAAAACCAAAGAGAUUAUUUUAAGUCUCAAGAAUGAAAAAGAUGAAGCCAUGACGAAUCUGAUAGAAGAUUUCUUUGAUGUCUUAAUGACUGUUCAUGAUAUCAAUAAUGAAGGUAAAACGGAAGUACUGGAAAACUUUAUUUUGAGGAUCUGUGCCCUUGUAGUCGACAUGAGAAUACAUAUCUGUAUUCACCAGGAGGCCAUAAAAAAGUUGAAUGCUAUGCUUGACAACAUGCCCCGAGAUACCAAGAAAAUAAUUUCCAAACCAGAAAUGUUUUCUCUCAUGAUUGAUAUGGGAAAACGGAUAUUAGAUGCUGGGGAUUAUGACUUUCAAGUAGGUAUCACAGAAGCUUUAUGUAGAAUGACCUCUGAAAAACAAAGACGAGAACUGGCAUGUCAGUGGUUCUCAAUGGAAUUUGUUGCUAAUGCAUUUAAAGGGAUUAAAGACUCUGAUUUUGAAACAGACUGCAGGAGAUUUCUGAACUAUGUGAAUGGCAUGCUUGGAGAUAAAAGAAUGGUUUUUACAUUUCCUUGUUUAUCAGUAUUCCUUGAUAGAUAUGAGCUACAGAUACCUUCCGAUGAAAAACUUGAUGAAUUUUGGAUUGACUUUAAUCUUGGUAGCCAAAGUAUAUCAUUCUAUACUGCAGGAGAUGAUGAAGAUCAUCAGUGGGAAACUGUCAGUGUGCCUAUUGAUGAAGUAGAAAUAUACAGUGUAGAAGUGAAAGAUGCUAAGAAGCUACUAACACUAAUUCUGAAAAAUACAAUGAAUGUUGGUAACAAAGAAGGAGAUCAACUGCUUCUGUAUUUUGAUCCUUCGCUAGAAAUCAGUGAAGUGACAAAAAAAAUUUAUGGUGCAAAUAAGUAUAGGGGGUUUACCAGGAAACAAGCAGUUUCAGUUGCUGAAAGAGAAGUGCAUAUCGUUUUUGAUGAAAAUGGAUCACAGAUUCUAGUACCAGAAAAUCAAAGUUCACCUGCCAAAAAAGAAAAUUUUUUUAGUGUGAAUGAAAAACCUAACAGGAAACAACAAUUUUUUGUAAAUCUAAAAGAUAUGACCCAUAAUGCUAAUAAACAGGACAGUAGAAAUACUUGUUUUCAGAUGUUAACUCCUGUUAAAAGGAAAAUGUCUGAAGCAUCAAUGGUUAUUCCUGGUACAGAUAAACUGACUAUGAAGACCUUAUUAGCCAACACAUCAACACCUCGAACCGGAAGAAUUAAGCCACCUUUGAAAAUGGUGAACUCUGCUGAACCACCCAGUAUUUACGAAGUAAAAGAAAAGGGAAUGAAAAAUACCACAUCUUUUCCUGGCUCAGUUGAAGGAAGGAAUCCACACGGCUACCAAAGUGAUUUUCCUAAAUCGCAGCCAAUUACAGCAUCUAAGGACUCAGAAAUGGAAGAAAAUGAUGAUAACAGCAUUGUGUUAGUAAAACAAAAUUCUAAUGGAGAUGUGGAUAUCAUUCCUGAUUCACAACCAGUUGGGAAAAUAGAUAAACCUUUAUUGCCUGGUGUUACAGACAACAUUUGUGAAAAUAACAUCCACUCAAAAUGGACUUGCUGGACACCUAUAAGAAAUAUUACAAUUUGUGGUAAAGAAAGUGCAAGCACAUCACCAGAAGAAACAUUUAAUCAAGACAUUGUUAGUGAAAGAGUGACUAAAAAAUCCUCUCUUUCAUCAAUAUCUGAUAAUAUUACACUAGAAAAAAAUAUGGUACAAAAUCAGAAAAGAAAAGGAGAUGUGGAGUAUAACAAAAAGAAGAAAACAAAAGUGGAAAUUUGUGAAUCAAACAGAAAACAACCACUAAAUAAUUCUAUCAGUUUAGGUCAGGAAAAUAUUGAAAAAAAUGAAAAAAAUGACUGGCAUAUUGAAUCUGAAACCUUUAAAUCAGUUCUUCUAAAUAGGACUAUUGAAAAGUCUCUGAUAUACACCAAGAAGUUGGUUUUGGCGAAAGAUCUAAAUAAUGAUUAUUAUGAUAAAACCAUUUCUGGAAUGAACGCCAAAAGCAAUAGAAGGCCUAUGAAAGGAAUAUUAUCUGAAAUUAGAUCUUGUGACCUAGAAAUGAAUAGAAAGACUUUUAAGUUAAUUGAACUAUUUCAGAAAGAAAAGACAAAAGAAAAACAAUUUACUGAUGCAGCAGAAUCAUUGAUCAACCAAAUUAAUAAGAGAUACAAACAAAAGGAUGAUUUAAAUUCUUCGAGAAAAUUUAGAGAAUCUUUAAAUGACAGGAAGAAUUCAAAUAAACCUGGUCUACUUAUCAGCAAGGAAAAAGUCCCAAUUAAAAAUUCUAAACAAUGGAAGAGGACUACUUCUGUUAAUAUGACUUCUGAAUGUGCUUUGAAUGAUGUUUAUAAUUUUAACUUGAAUGGAGGUGAUGACCCUACCAUAAGACUUGGUACAGAGGAAUUUCAGACUACUAUCAAAGGAACUUCUGUAGCUAAUUCAAAAAAGUUGUUAGGUUUAAGGAGUCAUGAUGGAAGUGAAGCUUCUCUGAAAGAGAAAGAUAAAAAAACUAGAAAAAAUCACAAGAAGAAGCACCUCUUUAGUGACACAGACACAGAUCAUAGAGGUGAUGACAGCAAGACUGAUAUUAGCUGGCUAAGAGGAUCAAACAAAAAAACCAAACCUCAGCUGGUAGAUUAUAGCAGAAAUAAAAAAGUGAAGAAACCUAAAAAUAGGAAAUCAAGUCCAUCAGUAGACGUGAAACUACCAAAGUCUAAGAAGACUCAUAAUACAGAUCCCACCAAAAAGGUAGAUGAAAGAAUCACAGAAGCAACAAGACCUCAACGUCCUCGAAGAGCAGGAGUAGUAAAAAAAAAUUAUAAAGAUUUCUCAAAUUCAGAAUCAGAAAGUGAACAAGAAUCUUCACCAAGUGCUCUCAGUAAAGAGAAUUUACUGGUUCAGGUUGUGAAUAUGCGUAACAAAAGUAAAACCAUGAAGCAAUUGAAAAAAGGCCAAAAUGCUAUUUCUACUGAAGCAGAAGACGAAAUAUCAAAAGAAAGGAAAAAAUCAUCUAAAGUAAAAGAUUGUGGAAGAGAAAAAAGACUUGAUUCAUCUCCAGUUCCCUUAUCUGAAAGCCCAGCAUCUAUAGAAGUAAUGAGAUGUUCAGAGAAAACAAUUGAAAGAGAAUUUCCUCAAGAUUAUAUUCCUUCAAUGAAGUCAACAUCCCCUUUUUCGCAACAUUCAACACCUGAAAAAAGAGAAUCUUUAAACAGUGUGCAUGGCAUCACAGGCAAUAGCUUCUACACUACAAACAUGAAAAUUCAAAGCAAAUGUUUGAUAGAAUCUCCUGAAAAUAUUGAUGAAAACUUGAUGUGUGCAAAUAAACAUUUCUCAAGUCCUUUGUUUUUGCCUAGAAUUGCUCCUGAAAUAAUGGACAAAAUUGAUGAUAGUGUAAAAGAUGCAAAAAUAGCUUCACAGAAUAUACAAGAUUAUGACAACCCUGUAGAUUUAAGUAGUUAUAAUUCAGAAAAACAAUUUAGUGGAUUGGAACUGAAAAAAAUCCAUGAAAAUUGUAUUCAAAGUACACAACAGGAACCCCUUUCACCAUCAUGGUUAUCCCUGUCUAGCUCAAAGAGAGAAAAACUGCAUGACAUACCUACUAAUACUCUUCAUCGAAAAGGAUCUAGUAUACAUACAAAUCUCAAACGUUUACGUACCUUUGAUAAUCUAAGUAAUUCUGAUGAAGUGGAACUAGAAGAAGAAGAAGAAGAAAGAAGACAAAAUUUACUUCCUCCAAAAUUGUUUAAAACAGAUUGUGACAAUGUUACCUACAAAGCAUCCAGGAGUGUAUCUACGUUGUCAGCCAAUGAGUUUUCUUUUCCUGGAGAGACUUGGGAGACUGAAGGUUCAGGUGUAGACAUAAUGUGUCAGAAGCUAAGUAAGGAGUUUAAAAGAAAAAUUCAGAACCGCUACAAAAGAAUGGAUCAUUUUAAUAAACAGUCUUUGAAAUCAGCUCAGCAGCAUCUGACAAGCCUCAACUAUCACAUUCAUGAAUACAGAAUGAAGCAGCUUGAUAAGUUCCAGUUCAAUAUCAUAGAGGAACUAGAGAACUUUGAAAAAGAUUCCCAGUCUUUAAAAAACUUGGAACGAGAAUUUUCGGACUUUUGGAAAAAAACUUCUCAGAAGUUCAGUGCAUACCAGAAUAAUGAACAAAGAAGAGCUCAUCUUCUGAAAACUUCACUUGAAAAAAAUGUCUUUCACAACAUUGACUAUGAAGAAAAUAUUUUUACUUCUCAGAUGCAUUUAAUGAAAGAAGAUAUGAAAAAGCUUCAAGAAAGGUUUCUUAAGGAAAUGCAAGAAGAGGAGCUCCUCAAUGUUCGACGAGGAUUAAUGUCACUCUUUACAUCUGAUGAAAGAAAAUUUUAAUGUACAAAAACUAAUAGUUAGCAACAUUUUUAAACACAUGUCCUUUCUCUGUACAUCUUAAAAAACAACUAUACAAAUAUAAAUGUUGCAGCAUGUAUAAAUGAUGUACUAUUAGGUGAUGAACACCAUCCAUCCCUUUUCAUGCACCUCAGAAUUGCUUAUAGAUAUUUCUGCCUAAUGAAUUAAAAGAGAUUUACAACAGCAUGACACCUAUUCCAACCUAUUUUUCUGUCUAAUCAUUUGGUUUUAUUUACCAUGUUCUCACUAUUACUUGUAGGAUAAAGAA